AUGCAGAUUCCGACGGGAUACCCUCCGAUUCCAUUCUACCCUCCGCCGUACUGGAAUUCCGUUUCCUGGUUACCUCCGGCGACCUCUGCUCCAAACUAUUCUGUCCUGGGAAAACAUUCAUCAGAUCGGGAAUCAAUUAACCCAAUUGAGGAGCCGAAGAAACAGAAGAAUUCGAUUCUAAUCCCCAAAACGCUUAGAAUCGAUGAUCCAGAUGAAGCUGCGAAGAGUUCUAUAUGGGCAACACUCGGAAUCAAGAACGAAAACUGUAGCAGACGAGAUCUUUUCAAGGGGUUUCAAUCAAAAGGAGAUGAAAAGAAGAAACAACCGAUCACAGAACCUUCGUUAUUAUUACAAGCAAAUCCCUGCUGCGUUUUCAAGAUCGCUUUACUUUCAGGAAAGAGCCUAAUGUGA